UCAAAUUACAACAUCAAUGUUCAGUCCUUAGAAAAUCAUUUGAAAUGGCUGCAGAGAAAAAAGACAAAACACCUAAUGAAAGGGAGAUGGAACUCUAUGAGCUUCAUAUAUUUUACCUUGAGAAAGAAGAAUCUGUACAAGAAUUUUUGAAUAAACUUCCAAGUACCAUGGUAAUAAAAGAAGAAAUUGACACCAAAUUAGGCAAUCUUCCAAAAUAUUCAAAAUACACGAGGAGCUGUUCUUGGAUCAUUGAAACAUCUUUGGGGAACGCCUUCUCCACAAACAUUUUCAAUCAUUGGGUUGAGCAUAAGCCAUCAAGAGAAAUAAUGUCGUGGCUGCAAACUUUGCCUCUGAAAAGACGUUCCUUCCGAGCUCCAGAAACCAUAGUAGAAUGUAAUGUCAAAGUUAUGGGUGGAAGUAUGACUUCUCCUGUUGAAUUCGUCAAACACUGGGAAGAGGUAGCAGUUGCUGAGUUUCAACAAGACUCGUCCGUGUUAGUUUUAACAAUCUCUGCUGGCAUUGCGAUCGAGAUCAAGUUAUCGCAUUACAUUCUUCAUCAACAUAGUAUCAUGCAGUUACAGAAUGACAAGACUAUCUUUUGUUUUAACGUGAAAUUUUGUCCAAAAUUAUUUAAAGAUCCAUACAACAGAAAACAAAGGAUUUCUUGCAGAGGAACCAGGUAUCCGGAAUUUGGUCUGUUAACGAGUUUCUGUGUACAGUUUAAAAAUGAAAGUCCUAUAACAUCCAGAUUGUUGUGGUACCUAAGAUAUGUUGACUUUGCCAUUGUUCAUACUCAAUUGAGCGUUAGUGAUCAAGUCCAGGAAAUGAAUCUGGAAAUUAAAAAUUUUGAUAAUGCCUAUGCCUGGAGAUCUCUCUGCUGUCAGGGAUAUAAGGUAACCAACCAAUUAAGGACACUCGGUUUGGAAGAAAUUUUAUCAGAGGAAUGUAAAUAUUCCGACGUGUUUACAACACUGGCCGACCAUCUUGCCGGAAAACCAUUCUUUCAUUUAAAAGAAGAAAUGCAAGAUGCAAUCAAACUGACAGAAAGCUAUGGAUUUGACAAUAAAGUACCUAAAAACUACACAAUGGUUCGAAGAGCUGUGCUUACACCGUCCAGACUAAUUUUGUUGUCCAAAGAACCAGUAUAUUUCAAUAGAAUUUUACGCCAGUACAAUGCUGAUUAUUUCAUCCGACUGGUUUAUCGGGACGAAGACUUUGAGAAAAUAAGCGGAAUGAAAUACAGAGGACCUCAGCAUUUGUUAGAGGACAUGAAACAACAUUUUAUUAAUGGCUUUACUAUUCAUGACCGUCAUUACGAGUUUCUUGGAUGUUCCAACAGCCAACUUCGAGAACACAGCUUUUGGUUUUUCAGCUCGUACGAUUGUAUCACAGCCAAAUUCAUCAGACAAAGCUCUGGUGAUCUAUCCAAGGAACGGUGUGUUGCAUCUUACGUGUCUCGAUUUGGUCUUUGCUUUUCGUCGUCUUGGAAUACACUAACUAUUGAAGAACAUCAAGAAGUUCGUUUUGAAAAAGACGUAACAAGAAACGGAUAUUGUUUCACAGACGGUAUUGGAAAAAUUUCGAAAAGGCUUGCAGCAAAGGUUGCCAAAAGUAUGGAUUUGAAUAUUGUUCCCUCGGCUUUCCAAAUACGUUACGGUGGAUGUAAAGGAGUAAUUGCUAUAGAUCCAUCAUUGGGAGAAAAUAGAGAAAUAAUUGUUAUACGGGAAAGUAUGAAAAAGUUUGAAUCAAACUCAAAAAGUCUGGAGGUAUUGCAGGUUUCACGUCCAGUUCCACUUCACCUUAACCGACAAGUCAUAACGCUCCUCUCAGGACUAGGAAUUUGCAACAAUUAUUUUCAAGAUCUCCAAGAGACAAUGUUAUAUGAAUUGUCAAAAAUGCUUUUUGAUAAUGAUGCGGCAUUUGUAAAUCUUAGAGAGCUUUCAAUCGGCAUUGAUUUUGAAAAUCUGCACCGAGAAGGAAUUAGUUUUGUUUGCGAGCCUUUUUACAGGUCUCUUCUUUUGUGUAUUUUUCAUCAGAAGCUUAAAGAUUUGAAAAACAGAACAAGAAUUAGAAUUCCUCUUAAUAAAGGUCGAUUUAUGAUGGGCACUUCAGACGAAACUAAGACACUGGCAUACGGACAAGUGUUUAUACAGUAUUCUACAGAACUGCACCAUCCUAUGAUAAACGUAAAAACUGUUCUGGGUAAAGUAGUAGUCACAAAAAAUCCUUGUUUUCAUCCAGGAGAUCUUCGUAUACUUGAAGCAGUGGAUAUCCCCGGACUUCGACAUAUGGUUGACUGUAUUGUUUUCCCUCAGCGUGGUUCUCGGCCACAUCCAAAUGAAAUGUCCGGUUCUGAUCUUGAUGGAGAUGAAUAUUUUGUUUGCUGGGAUGAGCGACUUCACUCGAUUAAAAACCAAAUUCCAAUGGAUUUUCCAAAAGCUAAAAAGAAACGUCUUGAAUCAUAUAUAACGGUACCAGACAUCAUUGAGUUUAUUGCAAAUUACAUACAAAAUGACAACUUAGGAAUCAUCGCAAAUACUCAUCUGGUCUUUGCGGACUAUGAAAUGGACGGAAUAUUUUCAAGUUCAUGUCUUCAAUUAGCAAAAAUGCAUUCUGAUGCUGUGGACUUCCCGAAGACUGGCAAUGCACCGUCAUUACAAAAUUUUGAGUCUCCAAAAGAGUAUCCAGAUUUUAUGAUGAAAAGAGAUAAGCUACAAUACACGUCUUUAAAAAUAAUCGGAAAACUUUUUCGACAGUGCCGAUUUUUACUUUCAAAAACUCAUUCUCAAGCCUUUUUCGAUGGUAUUGGUGUGAGUGAUAUAACUGAUCUUCCUUUGUCACAAAUAGAUAUUGAAAAUGCUAUUUUACAAAGGAAUGUUUACAACGAGAGUAUCCUACAAAUAAUGAAUGCUUAUGGCAUUGAAAAUGAGGCGGAAGCGUGUACCGGAUUAGUCGAGUCACCAAAGACCAGAAGAGGUUGCUUAAAAGGCGAAACAUAUAACGUUGAAAAGGCCCUUCGGUCUCAAAUAUCCGUUUUAUUUGAACGAACUAGAACAGAGUUUUUCAGAGACUUUGGCGGAGAAAAAAAGUUAUCUGAACUAAAGAGUAUGAUAAUUUCUAGAAAAGCGUUGGCAUGGUAUACAGUAACUUAUGAGGAUCGUUUCAGAACACCCAAACAAUUACUGAGUUUUCCUUGGGUAGUGGCUGAUGUUAUAUGCCAAAUAAAACUGAAAACACUGCGAAACAAUGCUCUUCACAAAAUAGAACGAAGUAUUCAAACGAAGAUAAAGUCUUCUGAAUUAGAUAAAAAAAGAACUAUUAACAAACUACGUCGUGUGAUUCAGACUAACAUCCCUCGGAAAAUACAUUCUAAAUUUUUAUUUGAACAUGAACUGUUUUCAGCCAAUUGCUGCAAUGAAUUUCUCGGAAUAGAAAAAAAAGAUCUCAAGAUAUUUUUAAGAUAUAUGGAACGUCAUCAAGAUCAUUCAUUUUAUUCUGAACAUGACAUAUUUCAAAGAGGGUUUAUAUGCUUUCCUAUCAAAAUAUCUUCAAAUGAAAAGGGAUUCGUGACUUUAGUUACAGAUGAAAAUAUAAAACAAUUGUGUGGAAGACUGAAUAACUUCAUUCAAAAGUCCCAUGAAUUAAGAUAUAUUGCGCAAAUCCUUCUCGAGAACAUACGAGAAAGUAAUUACGAUGGAGGACCAAUAGAUAUUUAUGAAUGUGUCUUUCCAUUGAUGCUAUUAGAAGAAUCAGCAAAUCAGUAUGUAGACCGGAACAGGUUAAGUUCGAGUAUUUUUUCAGAACUGUUGUUAUGUUGUUUAAGAAAUGCAAGAGGAUUUGUCGAAAAUUGUGUACAUUCGUCAUGCCUACCCACUCCCUUUAAACAGUGGUUAGUAAGAAAUAAAAAGAAUAUAGUACAUAUGUGUUUGCAAAAAUACAUAGAAAUCGCCGAGUCUUUAAAUAUCGUUUCUCGAAGUCAUGGGCGAGGUUUUGAGCAUGAAACAUCCGAAUCUGUACUUCUCCCAACCGAGUCUUGGAGCUCAAUUGAGUAUGCUCAAACUUAUGCCCGUUUCAAAAUGAUGGAAAUUUCCGGCGCUGAUGUUUAUUUACAUAGCGUAUCGUUUGGAAAACAAGAGAGUUUACAAAUGGAGGCAGUCGGAACAGUGCCCCAACUAAGUUGUCUCAGCAACAUUGUGUAUAAAUUAUCAGAAAAAUUAAAAAGCUUGCAAUCGGCAAAAAAUGGUUAUGUAUCAAUGAAUGGAACAUUUUCCGUUUUAUUUGAAGGAGCUUCAGAUAGCUUGGACAUUUUAAAGUUAGUAAAAUACGAUGGUCUGUGUCAAGGAAAACACAGAAAAGUUGCAAAAUAUAUCCCACAACUUUUGAAUACCAAAUGCAAUGCCUCAUAUGGUAGAGAUGCCUUUCAUGAAAUGUUUAUGUCGCAGUGGCGAAUAGUCCAGAGUGAAUAUGAUUCCAUUUUUCAUGGUGAUUUAUGCAUUGUUCUUGCUUUAGGAUAUUUUUAUGUCAUGGAUAUCCAGGAUUCCACCCUGUCAAUUUCUGACUUAAACCAAUAUUUGAGUUCGUAUCAAGAACGAUUAGAAAAUCAACGCUCAAGAUCUAAAGUACCGUAUUCCUUUUCCUUUUUACCGAUAAACAGCAAUUUAGAAAACAUUGAAAAAAUCCUUUCUGAACAUUUCGUGGAAAUACAAACGGAGAAAAGAGUAAAAGUCCGACUUGGAAAUAUGGGAAUGUGUGAUCUGGAUGAAAAUCUAAGUUUUUUACGAUGGAAUGCACCAGAAAUAAAAUGGUUUCUUGGUCAAAUAAUUUGCAAAUGUGAAAACAGAACGAGCGUCAGAUGUAAAAUGCAGUCGUUCAGAAAUUUAAAAGAAAAGGCAUUACAAAGUAUGAAAGAGUAUGAACUCUUAGUGGAUCACAUAUUUAAUGGGUCUCUCUGUAAAAAAAACGACAAUGUGUAUGUUAUCAGAAAUGAAAUUGUCAAAUACAUUCGAGAAAAGGAAAUAACAGUUUAUUCCAAUUUAAAUUUAAAUACUGAAAACGAAGCAUGGCGGUUAGUUCGGGUUGAAGUGUCAAAAAUUCGUGAAUAUGAGGUAGGUUAUCUUGACCGUCAGGUUGCAAAAUGUAUCUCUGAAAGAACUGAAUUAGUGAUCAUACCACCAACCCCUGACACCAAAUCAUCAGAAGACGAGAUCAGAAAUUAUGUAGACUGUCUUUGGGAUGUUGCUUUGUACUUUGGAAAUGUUAUGGAUAGUUAAGUUUAC